AUGGGGGCGAGCGAUGAAACGCGGUAUGGAAACAUGAGGUUUAACGUCGACGGAACCAAACCAAUUCAGUUGGGUUUCACGCUAUUCGACAAGGUCGGAAGAACCCGCGGUACCUGGGAAGUCAAUUUCUCGGACUUCGACGGAACAAAAGACGCGAAGAACGAGAAAUCGCUCGACUUUCUUAGGCGGAACGGUCUUGAUUUGAAGAGAAUCAGAGAGGAAGGAAUCGCGAUCAGUGACUUCUUCGGAGAAUUUACUCAGAUUCUGAAAGAGGAGGAUAAGCGCGUGGCUUGGGUCACCUUCGACGGCUCAUACGACUUGGCUUAUCUACUUCAAGGCCUGACCGGAGGAAAACCUAUGCCGGAGACUCGUAAAGAUUUCGACCAAACGGUUCAGAGACUUCUUGGGCAAACUUACGAUGUGAAGCAGAUGGCUGGAGGCAUCUCGAAACACAAAUUCCUCACAUGGCUUUUUGUUCUCAAUCGCUGUCCAACAAAAGACAGAAUCAUCAACUGGGGUUUAUCUACAGAUCCAAUUUGCUUACUGUGCAAUAAUUUACCGGAAAGUAGAAAUCAUCUGUAUUUUGAGUGUAGUUUCAGUUGGUCUUUAUGGCUUCGAGUUGCUGCCCGAUCCAUGCCUUCUCCUCCUCAUCGGCACUGGGAUGCUACUGUUGAGCAAUUGCAAAAUUUCUCAGGUGGGAAUUUGAGAAAGAGACUUUUGCUCCUAAGUUGGCAGGCCGUUAUUUACUUCAUCUGGUCUGAACGAAAUGGCAGGCUCCACCGUAAUACUUUCAGAACUGUUGACUCAAUCACAGGCUUGAUCGACCAUCUAGUGCGAAAUCGGAUCUCCAGUCUCAGAGAGAAAAAUCAAACAAGUGCUUCUAAUCUGAUGCAAAUAUGGCUUGCCACUUCUGCUUAG